GAAAAGGAAGAGAUCUCAGUCUGACCUCCAGUGUUAUAAAACUUUAUCGUCCACAGACCACAAACAAUGAAACUGUGGGUCCUUUAUUUUCUCCUGACAGUCGGACCGGCCACUGGCUACCGCAGUCCACUGAAUGACUUCCAGCGCUCUGAGGGCAGAGAGCUGGUUCCCACCUCCUGGAACUCGGCUCGAGUGUUGCUGUUACCUGGCCUGAACCUGGAGGACUGCACCACACGCUGCUCACAGUCUCUGGACUGCAGAGCGUUCAACUACGAGACACGUCCGACAGUCACCUGUAAACACCUGCCCUGGGUGGGUGACGGCAGCAAUGCGGAGGUGAAGAGAAACGUCAACUGCGACCUUUACGAGAAGAAAGUCUACGUCAGGAAGUGCAUCGUGGGUAAAGGAGAAGACUACCGAGGGAAAGUCUUCACCACAAAAAGCGGACUCACCUGCCAACAGUGGUGGUCCAAGUUUCCUCACGAUCACAGGUGGACUCCCACUGCUACUAAUGGUCUGGAGUUGAACUACUGCAGGAACCCUGACGGCGAUAGAAUCGGUCCGUGGUGUUACACCACCGACCCCGAGCGACGUUAUGAAAGCUGCAACAUCCCCCAGUGCAAAGAUGAGGUUUGCAUCACAUGCAAUGGAGAGGACUACAGAGGGCAGGUCGACCACACCGUGAGCGGCAGAGAGUGUCAGAGAUGGGACCAGCAGUACCCUCACCAACACAUCUACCAGCCUGAAAAGUACCCUGAUAAGAGUUUAGAUGACAACUACUGCCGUAACCCUGACGCCUCUCCAGUGCCCUGGUGCUACACCACCGACACCGAGGUGGAGAGAGAGAACUGCGACAUCAGCAAGUGCACUGAGGUGCGGGUCGAGAAACGCCAGCGCUCCAGCUUCACGACCAACUGCUUCCGCGGCCGCGGGGAGGAUUACAGAGGCAAAGUCAACGAGACGACAUCAGGCAUCCCCUGUCAGCGGUGGGACGCCCAGCAGCCUCAUGAGCAUCCCUUCUACCCAAACACAUACGAGUGCAAGGGUUUGGAGGAGAACUACUGUCGUAACCCGGAUGGGUCGGAGGCUCCCUGGUGCUUCACAUCUGUGCCAGAGAUGAGGACCGCUCUCUGCUUACAGAUCAAACGCUGCGCAGACGACAUAGAGGCCGAAGAUUGCUACCAUGAAAAUGGAAGAAACUACAGAGGCAUGGUCCGCAAAACUCGGAAGGGGAUCACCUGCCAGAAAUGGAACGUUAACACACCUCACCGGACCAAGAUAAACCCAAGGACGCAUCCUGAGGCCAAUCUGACGGAGAACUACUGUCGCAACCCAGACGGGGACCAGCACGGACCCUGGUGCUACACCACCGACCCCAAAACUGAGUUUGACUACUGUGCCAUCAAACAGUGCGCUGGAGAGAAAGUGUCCAUGACUGAACCAGUAGAGAAGGUGGAGUUUAGUGAGUGUGGGAAGAGAGAGGACCGCUUCCAGAGGACGAGGUUGCGUAUCGUGAACGGGAUUCCCGGGAACUCGCCUUGGACGGUGAGCCUCAGAGACAGGAAAGGAAACCACUUCUGUGGAGGAUCCCUGGUUAAUCCCAGAUGGGUGAUCAGCACCAAGCAGUGUUUCUCUUCCUGCUACGUGGACCUGCCCGGGUACUCGGCCAUGAUGGGAACACUCUUUCGUGACCCACAAGAGGGAGAGCCCGGCGUGCAGACCAUCCCUCUCACCAAGAUCGUCUGCGGACCCUCAGAGUCUCAGCUGGUCAUGCUGCAACUGGAACACCCUGCCCAGUUUAAUGAGCGUGUCUCUCAGAUCUGCCUCCCUCCCGAGCGCUACAUUGUAGCUGAGGGGACGACCUGUGAGAUCGCAGGAUGGGGUGAGACAAGAGGGACUGGAGAUGAGACCGUCCUCAACGUGGCCCACAUACCAGUUCUUAGUAACAAGGAAUGCAACAAGUACUUCAGAGGUCGCGUCCGUGAGAAUGAGAUGUGCACGAGCUCUUUCCAGGGCGGGGUAGGCGCCUGUGAGAGAGACUACGGCGGCCCUCUGGCGUGUCAGAACAGGGACUGCUGGGUACUCGAGGGUGUGAUCAUCCCCAUGAGGCGCUGCGGACACCCGGGGCAGCCCAACAUCUUCAUCCGGGUCUCCGUCUACGUGGACUGGAUCAAGAAGGUCAUGGAGAUGGCUUAGGGACACUGCCAUCCAACAGGGACUGAUCAAAUCCGCUGUCAAGGCGCUCAACAGCAGUUAUUUGCUUAGCCAUAUACACUUUUGCCUUCUCAGAUGUCUGUUUCACAUUAAGCAAUAUCAAAAAUAUAUCAAAAUGUAUAGCAAAAUUACCAUAUUGUUAAAAAAAGGUUAAAAAGGGUUGAGAAAUGCAAAGACAGCAUAGUAAUUUGUCACAGUAUAUCUGCUUUAAAGGAAUUCUUAUGUGCAUUUAUAUUUAGUGAAUCUUUUCAGCCAGUAGCUAACUUUCACAGUCAUGAUUGCCACGUUGUGAGCAGCAAAAAUCCAGCAGACAGAAUGAGCAGAAAAAAUUUAUAUUCCCACCACCUGAUUAUGUGCGCGAGCUGCAAAACAGUGCAGAGAAAUUAUGUUAUUAUCAUAGAAAUGUGUUUUCAUUUAGCAUUUAUACCCAGUAUGCAAACAUUUAACACACUAUAAUCUAGUUGUAAGCAGAUAUAAGGACAUUUUUAAGUGUUAAUUAAUGUACACUAUUUAUCAGCAAUUAGAACUUCUCCUAUAAACACAGAUUUUAUACUAUCACAACUGUGUUUGACCAAUUUUCAUCCAUUAUCUGUUAAUGCACCAGCUUCCACUUAUGGAUGCCCACAAGAGGAGUUAUUGUUUUUGAGAAAUACAUUAAGAAACACUCAUAUCUGCUUACAGCUGCAUUAUAGUUUGUUGUUAACAGUUAAUUAAAUGUUUACUGGAUAUACUGCUCAUGGAUGCUAGUUAUGGGGACUUUAAAAGUAAAGUGUUGGCAUUUUUUGUUAUUUAUUCACCAAAUACCAAAAAGGAUGCAGGGGUAAAAACUAAUUGUAGCCCCACAGGUUCAGAGAAUAACUGGAGCUAAGUAGCUUCCAAUAACAGGGAGGUGUGGGCGGUUUACAGCACACAUUUUAAGUUCCUAACAUCCCCUGGAAAUGCACCCUUUACCACAAAACUGUACGCCUCCCCUCCUCUCCCUGGCAUUGAAUGGAGCUCCGAAAUACCUUCUUUGCCCCCAGCCUCUAAAGAAAUCCCUCCUCUGCCUGUCUUUUGAUGCCUGCCCCCACCUCUAAAGACAUGCCUUUGUGCCUUAUGCAGAACUGUAUGCGCUGCACAUUCUUUCUAGUUCUAUAGGAGGAUUUUUGUAACCCGGUCCUGAUGAGCCCACGGAAUUCAGCUUAAAUAAACCUCAAGAUCAGAGUCCAACCGAAUCUCAGACACACCAGCCUGCAGAAGGCCACUGAACUCUCUCUCACACACACAAUUUCUCUCUCAUGCAAACCCUCCCCCCACCCCACCCUCCGCCCCCUCCUCUCUGUCUUAUU